GUCUUGGUUACUGUCCAUAUAUAUAUAUUGGUAUUUUGUUUUAAGAGUUCGUCUUGCUGAUUUGUGUGCACCACGGAAAUGGGUUUUCUAGAUCAUCUUUCUGAGCUCUGUGAAUUCCAUCGAGGCACCAGCAGAAGGAAGCUCAGCAAACUUUGGAGAAAUCAACUUGAGACAGUGGAGAUACGAGUGAAAAUGGACUGCGAAGGGUGCGAAAGGAGGGUGAGGAAGUCUGUACAAGGGAUGAGAGGGGUGACGAAAGUAGAAGUGGAGCCAAAGAAGCACAAGCUGACAGUUAUUGGUUAUGUUGAUCCAGAUAAAGUAUUGCGACGAGUAAGACAUCGUACGGGAAAGAAGGCUGAAUUUUGGCCAUACGUUCCUUACGAUCUGGUGGAUCAUCCCUACGUGCGGGGCGUCUAUGAUAAGAAGGCUCCGCCAGGAUACGUCCGCAACGUCUAUGAUAACCCGCAGGUUUCGAACCUGGCGAGGGCGAGUUCUACUGAAGUCAACUAUAUUACUGCUUUUAGUGAUGAAAAUCCUCAAGCCUGCAUUAUCAUGUGAGAGUGAUCAAAAUUGAGCAAAAAAGCUAGUCAUAUAUUAUAUACUUUCUUACGGUAGAGUAGGGACUUUUAUGGAUUUUUAGCUGCAAGUGAUGCGUGCAAUAAAUUAACUAGUCGAUGUAAACUUGUAUUAAUAAGGUUUACUUGAUCUUGUAAGUAGUAUGUUAAAUAUUAUGACAGUUGUAAAAUAUUAAUCUAAUUUCGUGAAUAUUGAUAUUAUUUUCAUGAAUC